GCGAGUUUUCAAAAUGGUGGCGCGAGGGGCGGACGCUCACCGCUGGGCCCCGUAUCGCCGCUGCGGCCUGGGGCGGGGCGCGCGGCCGUAAUGGCGAGCUCGAACCGCCGCCGCCGGGGAAGGAGGAGGAGCGGCAGUGAGAGCCGCGGGCGGCACCAUGGCGGCCUGCAUCGGCGAGAAGAUCGAGGACUUCCAGGUGGGGAACCUGCUGGGCAAGGGCUCCUUCGCUGGCGUCUACAGGGCCGUGUCCCGCAAAACUGGCCUGGAGGUGGCCAUCAAGAUGAUUGACAAAAAAGCCAUGCACAAAGUUGGAAUGGUACAGCGAGUUCAAAAUGAAGUGAAGAUACAUUGUCAACUGAAACAUCCAUCUAUACUUGAGCUGUAUAAUUACUUUGAAGACUGCAACUACGUGUACCUGAUACUAGAGAUGUGUCACAAUGGAGAAAUGAGCAGAUAUCUGAAGAACAGACAGAAACCUUUUGCUGAAGAAGAAACUCGACAUUUCAUGCACCAGAUUAUCACAGGGAUGCUAUAUCUUCAUUCUCAUGGAAUACUACAUCGGGACCUCACCCUUUCUAAUCUUUUACUCACUAGCAACAUGAACAUCAAAAUAGCUGAUUUUGGACUAGCAACACAAUUGAAAAUGCCACAUGAAAAGCAUUACACAAUGUGUGGAACUCCUAAUUACAUUUCUCCAGAGAUAGCCACAAGAAGCGCGCAUGGACUUGAAUCUGACGUGUGGUCUUUGGGCUGCAUGUUCUAUACUCUUCUGAUUGGGAAGCCACCUUUUGACACUGACACAGUCAAGAACACACUGAACAAAGUAGUAUUAGCAGAUUAUGAAACGCCAGCCUUUUUGUCAGGAGAAGCUCAAGAUCUCAUAUGCAAGUUACUUCGCAAAAACCCAGCAGAUCGUUUAAGUCUUUCAUCUGUGCUGGAUCAUCCUUUUAUGUCCAGAUGCAACUCAGCACGAAGUAAAGAUUCUGGAACUGUAGAAGAUUCCAUGGACAGUGGCAAUGCUACAAUCUCUACAGCUUUUACUGGCUCUUCUAGCGUCAGUAUAAGUGGUUACAUGAAGGAAAAGAAAAGGUUCUUAGUGGGACAGCCACUUCCAAAUAAACUUACUUUAUUUCCUAAAAAUAAGAAUUCUAGUGAUGCUUCCUCUGAUGCUAGUAGCUCUUAUAAAAUUUGGGGAAUUCAGGGAAAAGAAACUGGCGUGACUGGUAGAGGACGAACAAUGCAGCUUACUGAAGAAAGGCCACAUUCACGUUACCUCAGGAGGGCCCAUUCUUCUGAUAGGUCUGGCACAUCUUCCAGUCAGACUCAAGGAGUACCAAAUAGUGUUGAGAGGUGCCAUUCCUUGGAGCUGCUUUCAAAACCCAGAGCAGGAAUGAUGGAACAUAUAGACAGCUAUUCAUCUACAAACAGCUACGGUGAUAUUCCUUCUAUAUUUAAGGAGAAGACUUCUAGUAAUUCUGGCAUCCAAACACAAUCAAAUUAUCUCUGUCCAGUGAAGUCCAGUGUUGGUUUGUUAGAACAGAAGACCCAGACCGAAACAAUGCAGCAAUGGCUUGGAGGCAUGCAAAAAAAUGCUCAUUUAAGACAGCCUGCAGAUUCUGUCAGUCUUGGUAUCCAAAACCUCCAUUUAUGUGACCAUCUAGAUGUACAACAGGAAAUGUCAAGAGACCUGUGGAACAAUAUAAAAGAUAAAAAGAAUCCUGAUGUCUCCCUUGACAGUGCAUGUCCUAUAAAUCAAUUCAGCUCAAAGAAAUAUGCUUCUGGACUUCCAUUUAAGCAGAGCAAAGCUCAACCAGCAUCCACAUUUGUUCUCCAUCCAGCUUCAGAGCAAAAAAAUGCCCGGGGCAAAGAGCCAUUAGGACAUCAGAAGUCUUCACUGCGAAGUAUUCUCUCUCCUCUCAGUGCUCACAGAUUAAAAUCCAUCAGACAAAAAACAAAAAAUGCAGUGGUGAGUAUUUUAGAUACAGGAGAAGUGUGUAUGGAGUUUAUAAAAGAACACCAUUCUCAAGAGUUUGUAAAAGAAGUUCUUAAAAUAUCUUGUGAUGGAAGUGUGAUUACAGUAUAUCAUCCAAAUGAAGGAAGAGGUUUCCUUCUUGAUGACAGACCACCUUCUCCUCCUGAAGAUGUCUGUAUGUACAGUUUUGACAACUUGCCAGAAAAAUACUGGAAAAAGUACCAGUAUGCAGCUAAAUUUGUUCAUCUGGUGAGAUCAAAAACACCUAAAGUUACCUUCUAUACAAGAUACGCGAAGUGCAUGUUGAUGGAGAAUUUCCCGACUGCAGAUGUUGAAGUUUGUUUUUAUGAUGGGGCAAAAAUACAUAAGACAGCAGGUAUAACUCGAGUGAUAGAAAAAUCUGGGAAAUCUUACACUUUAAAAGAAGAAAAUGAAAGUGUUUUGAAGAAUGAAAUGCAAAUAUAUAUGGAUCAUGCAAAUGAGGGACACCGCAUUUGUCUUGCACUAGAAGCUGCUGUUUUGGAAGAAGAGAAAAGGAAUGAAAAUGUUCCCUUUUUCCCAAUAAUUGUUGGAAGAAAACCAGGAAACACUGAAUCUCCAAAGACCCUGAUGCUGCCUUCAGUGGAUGCAGAUAGCACAGGAAAAGCUACCUCAUUGGAAAGAAAUAGAGCUGUCAGUUCUCCUAGUCAAGUUCCUACCAUCAGUCCUUCUAUGGUAUCUUAUGAAGGCUCUGCAUUAACAACUGCUGUUGCUGAAGCUACCUGUUCCUCCAAUCAAAAAGAGUGCAAUUCAAAUUCAGCCCAACUAGUGAAGUCUGUUUUUGUGAAAAAUGUUGGUUGGGCUUCUCAGUUGACUAGUGGAGCAGUAUGGGUUCAAUUCAAUGAUGGAUCCCAGUUGGUAGCACAAGCAGGAGUCUCUUCUAUCACUUACACAUCUCCAAAUGGUCAGACAACUAGGUAUGGAGAAAAUGAAAAAUUACCUGAAUACAUCAAAGAGAAGCUGCAUUGUCUGUCUUCCAUUCUUGUGAUGUUUACCAAUCCAGCUGGCCCCCACUGACUAAAGCAAAGCAGCUCUUUGGGCAUAAAGGCUUAAUAAAUGUUUUGCUAGCAUUAAAAGUGACUUAAUUACUUCGCUUACCAGAAA